CUGAUCCCUACAUCGUCGCCCAUCAGACAGUUGAAGCCGAUAAAAUUGUCACGCUGACAUGUUACGUCGCCGUGAAAGGGUAUAUACAUACAUUAGUAACUUGGAGUUGGAGGCGGAAUGAAGUCGAACAGGUAAACAUAGGAAUACAUCCUUUGGCAGUCUCCAAGUUACAUGGAGACUACUUCUACCACAAGAGCGCUCUGACAGUCAGUGAUGUAGGACAGGAUGAUGACAGAGGGAGAUACACGUGUAAAGCUGAACUAGUGAGAUGGAAUGUUCAAACUGACUGGAGUGAAGAAUUUACAAUGUCCACAUACUCAAAGAUGGAAAAAGUCCCAAACUACACACAAGUGCGUGAAGGUGAUCAUGCCACGGUAGCCUGUAAGAUGCCUCGUUAUCAAUAUGAAUUCUACAUCAUGACACCUAGUGGGGAUAAGUUGAUGGCUGUGAAAUCCAAUAAGGUCUACAUACUUCCGAAGUACUGGCUCAGAACCAGGAUGGUGGGGGUUGUUACCUCCCGUAACACCAGCAUCUAUGUCUUUCGUCUCUACAAUGUUACACUAGCUGAUGCUGGAAGGUACACCUGCAGGAGAGAGGGAAAAGGUGCAACCAAGAUCUCCAUGACUCGGUGUAUACACGACCUGUUUGUCUCACGUCAUAACGCCACAGGAACAAAGCCAGUUAUGACAUCGCCGAAUAAGUCUGCGUCGCCUGCAUAUGCUCGCCUCGGGAGUACAGCCUUUCUGUCGUGGACAUUACCCCGACCUGGACUCAGAGAGUUUACAGUGCGACGGAUAUCUUCGAAAUCUCUGUUCCACAUAACUGACUAUAAUCAAGUGAAUGUCACUGACAGAUACAAGUCCAGAGCAACAUUCACCGGGAGAAUGAAUUCCUCAGGAUCUGGGGUGUUCAGCUUCCAGCUGUAUAAUGUGGACUGGCCAGACAAUGAAGAGUACAGAUGUCACAGAGGGUCACCACGCUCUACCGGGUCAAGAGUGUACGACUGUGGUCAAUGGCUAUUUGUAAUAUAUAUUGCGGUUGCCUACAUCGUCGCCCCUCAGACAGUUGAAGCCGAUAAAAAUGUCACGCUGACAUGUUACGUCGCCGUGAAAGGGUACAUACAUACAUUAGUAACUUGGAGUUGGAGGCGGAAUGAAGUCGAACAUGUAAACAUAGGAAUACAUCCUUUGGCAGUUUCGAAGUUACAUGGAGACUACUUCUACCUUAAGAGCGCUCUGAUAGUCAGUGAUGUAGGACAGGAUGAUGACAGAGGGAGAUACACGUGUAAAGCUGAACUAGUGAGAUGGAAUGUUCAAACUGACUGGAGUGAAGAAUUUACAAUGUCCACAGACUGUAAGUGACUAAACCACUACAACA